UCGUUUUGGGUGUGUCCAAGUUUAAGGACAAUCAAACAUAAAGUUGGAAAGAGGCUAUUUAACACAAGGAGCCCAAUAAGUUCGUAUUCGGAUUUGUAGUACACAAUUUGUAAAAGGCUUAGUUAAAUUAAGAUCUUUAUAGGCUAUUGCCCUGAAAUGAAAUCGGAUCCAAUUUAGGAAGUUAGUCCACAGGACGGCACGCUGAAUUCCGACAAGCGACUUGGAUUGAAAUACAUACACAGACAAGCUAGCAACCUAGCCUUCUUAGUGUGAAAGAUUUACAAAUGUGAAAGUGUUGUCCCAGUAGGAGAUGAAGAUUGAGUUCGCUCCGCUAAAUAUCCCGUUGCGAAGGCGCCUGCAAACAGCGUCGGUAGUGCAAUGGGUAUUCUCUUUUCUCGCUCUGGCUCAGUGCUGCUUGGCAGGGUUCAUACUGCUCUGUCUGAGCCGGUGGUGGCUUCUGGCCGCCUUGUAUGCAGGCUGGCUCUACCUGGACAGAGACACACCGACCACUGGAGGCCGGCGUUCACAGUGGGUCCGCAGAUGGGCAAUUUGGCAAUACUUCCAUGACUAUUUCCCCAUUUCUCUGAUAAAGACGGUAGAUCUUGAUCCGAAGCACAACUACCUGUUUGGGUUCCACCCCCAUGGCGUUCUGGUUGCAGGAGCAUUUGGCAACUUUUGCACGGAGGCAUCUGGGUUUGCAACCUUGUUCCCAGGCCUUACCCCCUACCUGCUGAUGCUGCCAUUCUGGUUCCGAGUGCCAUUCUUUAGGGACUACAUCAUGUGUGGAGGUCUGGUGUCGAGUGAGAAAAGCAGUGCCAGCUACAUUGCGAGUCAUCCUGGUGGGGGUCAUGUGGCCGUGGUGGCUGUAGGUGGCGCUCCUGAGUCCCUGGAAGCCCGGCCGGGAGCUCUGACUCUUCAGGUGCUCAAGCGGAAAGGCUUCAUCAAAUUGGCCCUCAAACACGGGGCCCAGUUGGUGCCUGUCUUCUCGUUUGGGGAGAACGAGCUGUUUGACCAAAUGGAGAACCCAGCAGGCUCGCCCCUGCGUCGCGUCCAGGAAAGCCUGCAGAAGGUUAUGGGUGUGGCCUUACCUCUUUUUCAUGCCCGGGGUGUGUUCCAGUACAGCUUUGGCCUUCUGCCCUACAGAAAACCCAUCCAUACCGUUGUGGGCCGGCCCAUCCCAGUGGUCCAGACCCCUUCCCCUAGUCGAGAAGACAUUGAUGCCCUGCACAAGCUCUACAUGGAAGGACUCGGUCAGCUUUUUGAAGAGCACAAAGGAAACUAUGGCAUCCCAGAGGACAAGCACCUUACAUUCAUCUAGUGCUGUGCCCUCAUGACCAGUCCUGUAACUUGCUCUCAUCACCCCUUCUACUUUCCCUUGAUAAGCAUUGCUAGCUGCUAGCUGGUCCCUCUUUUCCCCUUGGAUUCAGCAGAAGGCAUUCCUGACAUUACUGCAUUUCAUGUAUGCUGUGCAUAGCAAUUACAACUUCUGAAUGUAUAAACCACUGUAUAAGAAGGAAGGCUAUAAUGUACCACAAUGCAUUAUCAACACAUAAUAUAAUGUAUUCUGUAUGUGUUAUAAUAUAAUAAGUUGGAAUAAAAAAAUGGUAGCUAAGGCCAAACCUUCCCUGAAUCCAGGGACAAUUUUUCAUUUCUGUCACCUUUCUUCUGGGGAAAGUUUUUAUUUUAAAAUGAUUUUAUUCUUAAAAUCUGUUUCGGUGUUUCAACAUAAUUAAACAAAAAAAAUCUCUUUAAGGAAAAUUGUACUUUGCUCUACUGAUAAAUUGGUUGAGACAGGACAGCAUCAAUCUUUUUGAUGACUCUGUUCUAGUGACCACCUCAGUCUUAUUAGCACUCAACCUAAUCUGCUUUUUUUUCUUCUUCAAAAGGUAAAAACUCUAAAGAGUCAAACUCCAAAGACACUGAUGACAUUAAAGUGCAGUUAAUGUUUCAGAAACCAAAAGAUUCUGCAGAUACUUAAAAAAAAGGCUUGUGCGCAUUGACUGUGAAACAUGCCUUUUACCUAGACUUUCAUUUCUCUUUUUCCUUCUUUUUCUACAUACCUGCUUAUUGUCUGCCUUUCACCCAGGCAGUCAUGUGAAAUUAGACCUGUGUGAAUAAAAAAAAUUUUCCCCCCUAAUUUCAUUUGUUAUUGUAAAUGGUGCAUGCAGAUUAAAAUUGUCUAGCUAUUUACUUUUAAA